CCAUUAGAAUCAGACAGCUGAUUGCCCAGCAGGAUGCCGUCAACUAUCCCAACAGAGGGCCUGAAGGACCCUGAAACUGCAGAGCUCUUCUCCAAAGAAGAUCCAGAGAAGCUCUUCACAGAUCUCAGAGAAGUUGGCCAUGGGAGCUUUGGAGCAGUGUACUCUGCACGAGAUGUGCGCACCAAUGAAGUGGUGGCUAUCAAGAAAUUAUCUUAUACUGGAAUGCAGUCUACGAAGAAAUGGCAGGACAUUAUUAAGGAAGUCAGGUUUCUACAAAUAUUAAAACAUCCCAACAUUAUAGAAUACAAAGGCUGCUAUUUAAGUGAGCACACAGCAUGGCUUGUAAUGGAAUAUUGUAUAAGAUCUGUUUCAGAUUUCCUGAAAGUUCACAAAAAGCCAUUACAAGAAAUGGAAAUAGCAGCAAUUACACAUGGUGCUCUCCAGGGCUUAGCCUACUUACAUUCUCAUGCCAUGAUCCAUAGAGAUAUCAAAGCAGCAAAUAUCCUUCUGACAGAACAAGGCCAGGUGAAACUUGCUGACUUUGGAUUGGCUUCCAUGGCCUCUCGUGCCAGUUCUUUUGUGGGAACGCCGAAUUGGAUGGCCCCAGAAGUAAUUUUAGCCAAGGAUGAAGAACAACAAUAUGGUACCGAAGUAGAUAUUUGGUCUCUUGGAAUAACAUGUAUUGAACUAGCGGAAAUGAAGCCUCCUUUACAGAGUAAUAGUUCAGUAAGUGUCUUCAGUCGCAUAAUCAGAAGUGAAUCCCCUACACUACAGUCUACUGAAUGGUCUUAUCAUUUUCGACACUUUGUAGAUUCUUGCCUCCAGAAAAUCCCUCAAGAUCGUCCUACAUCACAGAAACUUUUAAAGCACAUGUUUGUUCGUCGGGAGCGCCCUGAAACAGUGUUAAUCGAUCUUAUUCAGAGGACAAAGGUGCUUUCCCAGGAGGCGCAUAAUGGACCAGCAGUAGAGUCACAGGAAGAAGAGGAACUAGAUUACUGUGUUGGAUGGAAAGGGACAGUGAAUAGUGUUGAAAGUCAUCAGGCUGUUCCCAGUAUGUCCAGCGGGGCCAGUAGUCAAAGCACUAGUGUCAGCAGUUUUCCAGAUGCCUCAGAUGAUGAGAGAGAGCUAGACAUGAUGGAGGGAAACCACCCAGUCACGCCUAGUAGUUCUGUCAUCGAUUUAAAACCUGUGAGUAUUUGGAUUUCAGUGAAAAAAAUUUCAAAUUUGGUAACUAAUUUUCUUAGUCUGGUUAGUCUAAGAGUUUGGGUUUUUUUUUCCUUUGAUGUUUCAGAAGUUUGGAACAUAAUUUUAGGCAACUUAGUUACAAGGCAAAUACAAGGACAGGAGCCUAGAGAACAAAUGUUUUGUUACAUCGAAAUGAGGCGGCAACAUCGAAGAAAGCUGGUGACUCUGGAAAACAAGCUAAAGGCUGAGAUGGAUGAACAUCGUUUCAGAUUAGAAAAAGAUUUUGAAACUCAGUGUAACAACUUUGCGGCAGAAAUGGCGAAACUUAUCAAGAAACAUCAGGCUGCUCUGGAAAAAGAGGCUGAAGUGAUGCCCAAAGAGGAGGAAAAAUUUAAGCAACAUCUACAGGCCCAGCAGAAGAAAGAACUGAACAGCUUUCUGAAGUCCCAGAAGAGAGAAUAUAAACUUCAGAAGGAACAGCUUAAGAAGGCGCUGAAUGAAAGCCGGAGCGCCCCAAGGAAAGAAAAACAGGAAUGGCUGUCAAAGCAGAUAGAGAACAUCCAGCAUCUCCGAGCCGCGGAAAAGACUGAUCUUCUUCAACAUCAGAGACAGUGCCUAGGGCUGCAAUGCCGUCGCUUCCAAAGAAAGAUAUUCCUUGGGCGCUGUAACUUGGAGCAGGACCUCGUCAUGGAGAGGUACCUGUCACCUUAUGAUCUGAGUUUUUGUUUCCUCUUCUUUUCUAUUCUAGCCUUUUCAUGUAAGCAUAAGCUAUACCAAAUGCCAUAUGUUAAAAAUUAUAUGUCUUGUUUCUUUUCUUUACAGUCUAAAAAACUCCAAAUCAAAAAGCAGUUCCAGGACACCUGUAAAAUCCAAACCAGACAGUACAAAGCUUUAAGAAAACUCUUACGGGAAUCUACACCAAAGAGUGAGCGCAAAGCUGUUCUGAAACGGCUUAAGGAGGAGCAGACCCGGAAGUUAGCCAUCUUAGCUGAGCAGUGUGACCACAGCAUUCGUGAAAUGCUCUCCACUCAAGCCCUGCAUUUGGAUGAAGCACAGGAGGCAGAGUGCCAGGUUUUGAAAAUGCAGCUGCAGCAGAAACUGGAGCUGCUGAAUGCAUAUCACAGCAAAAUCAAGCUGCAGGCUGAGGCACAAGAUGAUCGAGAGCUUCGGGAGCUUGAACAGAGGGUCUCCUACCGCAGGGCACUCAUACAACAACAGAUAGAAGAAGAGGUACUGACGUUUCAGAAUGAAUCUACGGAACGAAUACAAAGCCUGCUGGAGCGUCGAGCAACACAAUUGAACGCUUUCAAGUCUGAAAGCGAAAGACUAGGUUUUAGUAACCUUGCCCCUGACGCAUUCAGCCACAGCUCCUCCAGAGCUUCUGAUUUGCCUCACAGUCCAACUGGGGGUCCAGGACCUCACUCGGGGCAUCCCAUAGGUGGCCCACCACAAGCCUGCGGCCAUCCAAUGCAAGGUGGGCCUAGUCAUGGAGGUCACCAUUCCACGCCAAUGCCUUGGGUACCCCGAGGUAGCAGUAUGGGAGUUGGCAAUGGCCCUCAGGCUCUGAGGCGGACAGCUGCCGGGGGAUGGACCGAACAGGGCAUGAGCAGAAGCACGAGCGUCACUUCACAAACAUCCAGUGGGUCACACAUGUCUUACACGUAACUUAAUAACUGAGAAUGGCAAUUCCGCUGAGCUGGCCGCCACUACAGACAUCACCCCAGCAGCCUCCUCACUUGGCUAAUACCGUGUGGAAGCUGAGUGCAUGUGGUAUAUUUUACUCAUUUUUGUAAAGCGUUUUGUUUUGUGUUUACUAAUUGGGAUGUCAUAGUAUUUAGCUGUUGGGUUUUGUGUUUUUUGUUUUUAACUUUUGGGGAAAUUUUAUGAAAAGGGGAAUUGGUGUGUAUGUGUAUUUAUCAAAUAUGCAGACACACACACACACACACAUAAUGCACGUAGGAAAAAGAAACUGGUUAGAUAGGGUAUUUUCUGAAAACUGCAAAAACAGAAUUCAGCAGUGGCCUGAGUCAUCAUCACCUUUGGGCAACUCUAUCCUAAGAAAUUUGUGAAAAGAUCUAAAGCCUUUCUCCGUAUACCCCACCCAGAUUCUUAUGAGCCACUCACAGCAGGGAGCAUGUGCCAGAACAAGUUAUUAUGGAAACACCUGUAUCCCCUCACCAAUGUAUUUUGUUUAUUAAAUAAAUGUAUUUUGUCUGACUUUUGUUUAUUAAAUUGGCCUCAUUUGAAGUAGGAAAAAAAGUAGAAAUCCAUGAACACUAAAGGGUUGCAUUGACUUUUUCAGAGAGAAGAC